AUGCCACAAGAACUAAUGAGAGGACUAAAGGAUUUGGUGUCCACAAGCAGUGGAGAUUAUGAACUUGCUCAACGUAAAGCUGAAGAAACAGCUAAGAGAAGGUACCAAGCGGUGGCAUGGCUGCGACAAAUGGACCAAGCCGCGGCGGCGACGCUGCCGGAAAAACCGUCGGAGGAAGAGUUCUCUCUCGCCCUCCGCAACGGCCUCAUUCUCUGCAACGUCCUCAACAAAGUCAAUCCCGGUUCGGUUCUCAAGGUGGUGGAGAAUCCCGUCACGCUAGCAAUUCAAUAUGCAGACGGAGCGGCUCAAUCCGCGAUCCAGUUUUUCGAAAACAUGAGGAACUUUCUCAAAGCUGUAGAGGACAUGCAGCUCUUAACUUUUGGAGCUUCCGAUCUCGAAAAGGGAGGCUCGUCGAACAAAGUAGUAGACUGCAUUUUGUGCUUGAAAGGGUUCUACGAGUGGAAGCAAGCAGGUGGGAUUGGAGUGUGGAGGUACGGAGGCACUGUGAGGAUCGUCUCGUUAAACCCGAAAGGCUCGAGUUUGUCUCUUGGUGGUAGCGAAAGCAACACCGAUGAGUCUGUCUCUUUGGAUGAGUCUGAGUCUUCUUCUCAGUAUGAACAGCUUUUGGAUUUUCUUCACCUUUCUAAUGAGAUGUCAACUGAAGAAUCUGAGACUGCAAUCUCCAUGGCUUUUCUUUUCGACCAUUUCGCUGUUCAGCUUCUACAUGCUUACCUUAAGGAGAGUGAUGGGAUCAGUGAUCUGCCUUUAAAUGAAAUGGUGAUUGAUACUUUGCUCAACAGAGUGGUUAAAGAUUUCUCUGCUAUACUAGUUUCUCAGGGGGCUCAGCUAGGCUCGUUUCUAAGGAAGAUACUGAAAUGUGAUGUUAAAGAACUGUCAAGAUCAGAGUUUAUAGAAGCAGUCUUGAGAUAUCUUCGGCACAGGAAAGAACUGGUGUCAAAGGAUUUUUCAAAGUUUUGUAAAUGUGGCGGAAAGGUUGAGAUUAUCGGACCAAGCGUCGUCUCUGAGCUUUCUUCUGAUCAUGCAGAAGCUGUUUUUCUUCAACAGAAAGAGUUAGAGGAAGUAAAAUCAAAUUUCAUGGAAGCAAAAUUCCAAGUUGAACAAAUGCAGUCAGAGUGGCAAGAAGAGAUUCAAAGGAUAGUGCAUCACGUUAAGUCCAUGGAAGUUACAUCUUCCUCUUACCACAAGGUUCUUGAGGAAAAUCGUACACUUUACAAUGAGGUUCAAGAUCUUAAAGGGACCAUUAGAGUCUACUGCAGAGUUAGACCUUUCUUACAAGAACAAAAAGAUACGCAAUCAACUGUGGAUUAUAUCGGAGAAAAUGGUGAUAUUAUGAUUGUCAAUCCUUUCAAGAAGGAAAAAGAAGCUCGGAAAAUAUUUACUUUCAACAAAGUAUUUGCACAGAACGUCUCACAAGAGCAAAUCUACGUUGACACUCAACCGGUUAUAAGAUCCGUCCUUGAUGGAUUCAACGUUUGCAUCUUCGCGUAUGGGCAAACUGGUUCAGGGAAAACAUAUACAAUGAGUGGACCAGAUUUAAUGACUGAGACAACUUGGGGAGUGAACUACCGAGCUCUACGUGAUCUCUUCCAUCUUUCAAAUGCAAGAAAACAUGUGGUGGCUUAUGAAAUCGGAGUCCAGAUGAUCGAAAUAUACAACGAACAACUGCAUAUUCUCUUCGACGUUUUCCUUGACUAUCUUCUCACAUUAGACAUACGCAAUAACUCGCAACUCAAUGGACUUAAUGUACCUGAUGCAAGCUUGGUUCCAGUUUCUAGUACUAGAGACGUUCUUGAUUGGAUGAGGAUUGGCCAAAAGAAUCGUGCAGUGGGUGCUACGGCUUUAAAUGAGAGAAGCAGCCGUUCUCAUAGUGUCUUAACCGUUCACGUCCAAGGGAAAGAGUUGGUCUCAGGAUCCAUCUUAAGAGGCUGCCUUCAUCUUGUGGAUUUGGCUGGAAGUGAAAGAGUAGAAAAAUCCGAAGCUGUGGGAGAGAGACUCAAAGAAGCUCAACACAUAAACAAGUCGUUGUCUGCGUUAGGUGAUGUCAUCUCAGCACUUGCACAAAAGAGUUCUCACGUUCCUUACAGAAACAGCAAGCUUACACAAGUUCUGCAAGAUUCCUUAGGUGGGCAAGCUAAGACUCUAAUGUUUGUGCACAUUAACCCUGAAGUUAACGCGGUAGGAGAGACUAUAAGUACACUCAAGUUUGCUCAAAGAGUUGCGUCCAUUGAGCUUGGAGCAGCUCGGUCAAACAAAGAAACUGGCGAAAUUCGAGAUCUUAAAGAUGAGAUAUCAAGCCUUAAAUCGACAUUGGAGAAGAAGGAAGCAGAGCUUGAACAACUACGAGCAAGUAGCAUCAGAAACACAACAACUGAUUGUCAGAAAGCAAGAGCGGUUUCUCCUUUCCAUAUUCCAAGAACAAAGGCUGAAGCAAGUCCACAGCCAAAUGACAAUACCAGAAGCCACGAGACUAGAAGUUGCUCAACUGAUAAGCAGAGAAAGUCAGGGUUUCAAUCUGCGUUGAGAAACAGAGAAGCAAGCCCAAAGAUGAUGAAUCCAAGAUCACCAUCUCCUCCGAGUAGAAGAUCAAUAUCAACUGAUAGAGGAUCGUCCAUUAAAAGUAGGAAUAAGCCAGAAGUUACUCAAAACCUUCCGGUUUCAAGAACACCUUUCCCAGCUAGAGUACCAGUUUCCAAACCCUUUUCAACUGUUCCAUCAAACCCAUCAGCAAGUAACAACACUUUAGAGACAUUUCACAGUCAUCAGAAGUUAAGCGCGCGAAAGCUCUUCCCUGAGACUGAUGAGCAACAGAUGAGGCACGCACUUAACAUACGUCAAGGUGGUGUUAAGAAGACGAAAGCAGAGAGCAGUAAAGCCAAAGCAUCGCCAGGUAGGUUUCAGAAACUCGAUGUCGGGAUUAGUUUGCGUUCUGAGGCAGAUUCUGAAACGAAGGUGGGAAGUUAUCAGUUCCAAAAGGGGAACAACAACAGUGUGAUGCACUCAAGAUUCCAAAAAUUCGACGUUGGUAUCAGUUUGUUCUCUGAUCUCUGUACCGCUGACAAAUCAGAUUCAACACUCAAGAGUGAUUCCUCAGAGACGGACAACGACGUUGAACCAGCUUUGAAAUUCAAGAAUUCACAGAGAAGCUUCUCAAGAAACUCUCAAAACCACAACAAAUUAAGGACGAUUUAUGCUCAUGAGGACACUUCACUCGUGAAUAAACUGGAGGAUAAGCCUUCAAGUGGUAUGAAAGAAGGUAAUAGUAAUGUAUCUAUGCCUGAGUUUAGGAGAAGUCGUUCAACGAAUCGUGGAAAGUUUAUGGUUUAA